UCUUCUCCACUCGACUCCUAAAAUAACCAGGGUUUGACGAGUUCGAAACUUGAAACAGAGGAAUCAAAGCUGCUCCCACCCACACAUUGGGUAUCGUAUCAGUAUUUAAUAGAGCUUCUGCUCUGUUGUGAGUCUUUUUCUCGGUAUAGGUUUCUGUUAUUGUGUUCUUCAUUUUCUCCUAUUUGCUCUGGAAGAUGUUAGGGAGAUAUCUAGGAGUGAGGUUUCUGUUAUAUCUAUUCUCACUUCUUCUGAUUAUCCUGGGUUUUGAGCUGCGGCUUUGAACGGAUGGAGAAAGAACUUGUUGAGUUGUUCGAAGCGGCGAAGAAGGCUGGAGAUGCUGCUGCAACGGAUGGGCCUUCUUCCUCUGGUGGAUCUGAGGAAACUCGAUGCAUUGAUGCUUUGAAGCGGCUGAAGGAUUUUCCUGUCACAAAGGAUGCUCUCGUUGCAACGCAGGUUGGAAAACGUGUUCGGUGUCUCACAAAGCACCCUAGGGCAAAGAUCCAGGCUGUGGCUUCUGACUUGAUUGAGACAUGGAAAAAAGUAAUCAUGGAGGAAACAGCCAGAAAUAAGAAAAAUGGAAGCUCAGAGUCUCAGAUUGUCAAGGUUGAGAAGGUCCAAAAGGUGGAUCCCAUGAAGAUUGAGAAGGUGGCAAAGGCCAAAACUAUUGAUCAGGGCGAGAGAAUAAAAUCUGAGAAGCCUUCAUUUUCAGAUACUAUCAAGGUUGAGAAGAUUGAGACUGUCAAGGUGGAGAAGAAGAGUACUGGGAGUGAGUUUGUUAAGGUUGAAAGGGUAUCCAAAGAGUGCAAGCAAACUUCUGGAAUGAAGAAACAUCCACAAGCCUCUAAUGGCCCUCCAAAGUUGACGUCAAUGACCAAAUGCAAUGAUGCUUUGCGUGACAAGUUCCGGGAAAUUCUUGCAGAGGCCUUGUCCAAAGUUUCUAGUGAGGUAUCUGAAGAUAUUAGAGAUGAAGUAAAUGCUUGUGACCCAGUCCGGGUUGCUGUAUCUGUGGAGUCUGUGUUGUUUGAGAAAUGGGGCCGGACUAAUGCGGCACAAAAGUUUAAAUACAGAUCUAUAAUGUUCAACAUGCAAGAUUCAAAAAAUCCAGAUUUGCGGAGAAGAGUCCUUCUUGGACAUAUCAAGCCAGAGAGACUUCUUGUGAUGAAACCUGAUGAGUUAGCAAGUGAUGAAAGGAGACGACAGAACAACCAAAUAAAGGAGAAGGCUUUAUUUGAAUGUGAGCGGGCGGGUGCUGCAAAAGCCACAACAGAUCAGUUCAAGUGUGGGCGAUGUGGGCAGCGGAAGUGCACUUACUAUCAGAUGCAAACGCGGAGUGCAGAUGAACCUAUGACUACCUUUGUAACAUGUGUAAACUGCAACAGCCAUUGGAAGUUUUGUUAGUUGGUUUUCUUUGGAACCUAACAUCCGUGUGGGACAGAUUGGCUUAGAUAUUGAACUCUGAAGCUACAUCCCAACUUUUUUUCUUAUAUCAAUCAUUUGUUCAUUUAGUCUUUUGAGAUUUUCUUUUAAUGGAUCAUUCUAAUGUAGGGAUUAAGAUGAAUCUGCUUCAGGAGGCGAAGUUUUUGAGUAAGUUUCUUGUACUAUGGAUGCAUGAAGAGUAUGGUCAUCAAUGGUCAUAAAUGUUCCUGUUCCCUCUC